AUGUUGUCGCAAAUUAAAGUAAGUUUUAGCUUUUAACUUUUUAUUAUUGACAAGGAAAGUCCCCAACCUGCCCAACUCCGAAUCAACUCAAAAUUUUUAUGUGUAUUGUUUGUGCCACUAAUAGUGCACAUAAAAGAUUUUAGCUCGCGCUUUUGAGUUUAAGAUUUAAAUAUUCGAGUUUCCCGCCAAUUUGGCAAAUUUGGCUUUGAGUUUCAAGCACUUUCUUUUUAAUUUUAAAAAAAAUAUAGGUCUUUUUAAUGGUUUUCAAUUAUUAUAUCAAAGAAAAAUUAUUACAUGUAAAAAACAACAAAGUUAUAAGCUUGAAACACAAUGCCAAAUUGGCGGGAAAUUCAAAAUGUAACUUUUUAUCUCUAUUUUCUUGAGGUUGGCUGUUGAUCGCGAUUUGGUGCUUUGUCGCAGACUUUAUAUUUACAUGAUCUUGCUAUUUAAAAAAGUAUGAAUUCAAUCAGAGCAGGGCAGGUCGAGGUAUUAAAUACAGUGAAACUCCUGCAAGCUCGGUACCAUUAAUAUAAAGACAUUGAUUGGGGGUUUGAAGACCGUUUGUUAUGAAUAACUUUUUUAUACAAAAGUUUAAAUGCACUUUGUUCUUUGUCUAUCACAAAAAAAUUGUUGUUUUAGCUGCGGCCAAGAAAAAGAAACGCAACAUCAAAAGACGGAAGAAGCAAAUGUGUCAAAAAAGCCAAAAUAAAUGAAUUUUCGACUAUUGAACUGCAUAUAAACAUGGACGGUAUCAGGAUUUAUUACGAGAACGCUAAGCAAUUUGUAUCAAGGCAUGGCGAUGAGCUAGAACGAUACAUUAAAAAAGCGAAAAAAUUCACAAAUUUUGGUAGGAUUGUAUUAACACAUGGAGGACUUCAUAGUUCCGGAUACGAAAUGAAAGUUGCCUAUCAAUUGGCACGAAUGAUUUUGAGUGAGUUGAAGCUUUUUUAAAAAUCAAAUCUUUUGUUGCGGAACCUAUGUUGUACCACUGGGAUCAGGGCCGGGCGCGAGGGGGGGGGGAGGGUACCCCCCCCAGAAAAAAAUUUUUGAAAAAAGUUGAAGGUGGUCCCCCCUGUGGAUUUUCGGAAAAAAAUUUUGCAAAAAAUCGGCACAGGUGCUACCUGUGCCGAUUUUUUUUGACCCCUGCCCCCAGACCAAAAGUCCCCGCCCGGCCCUGACUGGGAUAAUUAUUUAAGCGCGGCCUUUGGGUGUGCAUGAGCUGUUUCGGGCUAGUAGACCCUGGGGCCUUGGGGGAGGGGAGCCUAAUGGACUCUGGGACCUUGCUUAUGAGCUCCGGCCUUCUGGCCCAAACGGCCCGUCCCUUUCAAAUUUGCUUCGGCGUAAUCUAGUGGGCUUUCCUAGGGCUUAUCCCCUGUCUCAAUACCAUUAAUAACAAUAUAUGAUUUCAGAACAUUUCUCUGACUCGCAAAUAUGGUUUGAUACAAGCAAAACUAAAAGAGGAACCUAUCCUUAUUUAUUUGUGCGUGUGCUUUACGACGAACUAAAGAGUGGACUACAUACAGUUUUCUGUAACUACGACUUUAUUCCACAUCUGAUAGAUUGCCAAGCAAAUGUACUCAUCAAAUCGUUCAUUUUUGAAGCAUUUAAAUCGUAUGAUGACAUUGCUGCUCAUUGUAAGUAAUUUAUACUUUUGACUUCAUUUUUUUUGUUUCGGAAGUCUACAAUAGACUUCGAUUAGUAAGCUGAAGCUUUAUAGGUUUAGGCUUACUGGUCUGUCUUGAAUUUAAAACAAGAAGAUCAAAGCUUUAUAUUUUUUAGACUUUUUCCAACUUCAAGACUUGUCGCUAAACAGUUUCAUCAUUCCUGAAAAAAUCGACCGUUUUCGUUGGAUGUUUGUGAAAUACCAAAUGUCACCAUUCACCAAACUAAAGGCAUUUGGCUUUGCUUUAGACCUGACAUUAAAAAUCACAGAAAAAGCAUUGGACGACAUCUAUGAAGCAGUACAAACCAUGUGUCCAAACCUGGAAGCGCUUAUACUACAAUCAACUCCAGCUAGAAGAGACGCUAUGGAUCGAUGGGGUGCACGAGCGACUGAGACAAAAGAUCAUACCUACAACAACUUGGAGUUGGUUACCGAAAUGGUGGACAAAUUUGGUUUGAAUACUGUGAUUCGAUCGGCCAAAAACGUUAAAAGGUGUCAUGUGGUUGGAUAUACUAAAAUAUUCACAAAUGUGCUACGGGGAGUUGAAUAUAAGCAAUAUAUUGAUGCAGACAGUCAUUACAUAACGUUUCAGAUGGAAAAUGGUACUUUGACCAUUCAGUCUGAUGUAGUUAUGUAACUACCAACUUGAACAGAAUUUAGUUCAAGGUUUAGUCAAUUUAGUAUUAGGUAGUGUAUGAAAAUGUGUUGUCGACUAUGUUGUUUAAUAUUUAAUAUGUUUGAUAUUUUAAUAUAUUUUGUACUGUGGUUAAUAAAUUUUUAGUUAUUAUUGCAGAACAUAUGUGUAAUUGUAUGGCAGGAUAUGAUAGGAUAAGGUUGAGUAGAGUUCGAUAAAAUAUGGUAGAGUAAGGUAAGGCAGAGUAAGAUAAGAUAAAGUAAGGUAAGUUAGAGGAUAGGGUACAAUAAGGUAAGGUAGGGUAGGGUAAAAAUGAAAACCCGGCCUUCAAGGGGUGAAUUUUAGGCCUAAAGCUUUUUUUUCAGGUGCCAACAUAAAGAACCCGUUAUGUUUUACAGUAAAUUAUAGCAUAAGUAUGGCGGGUUCUUUAUGUCGGAACCUAAUAUUUUGCUCAAGCCCGUCCGACGGCAGGGUCAAGCCUGCCCUUUCUAUAUGCCUAGGGUAAAGUAUACAAUUUAAUUACUCUUUACUGUAGUAAAAAAUUAACAAUUUUAAAGCGCAUAAAGGCAACGUUUUGCUUUUUUGUUGAUACCUACAUAUAGUGUAGUCUGAUCAAAUGAAAAAUAUAUUCAUUUUCUUUUUUUUUGUUUUUUGCUUUAAGAGCAUAUUAUUAGUUAUAUUACCUUUGUUUUUAUUUUACUUUAGGUCUUAUAAACUGUUAUUAUUAAGUAUACUAUCAUAUACGUCACUUGUAUAACAAACUUCUACUACAACAAACUUUAUUCUUCUGUACUACCACCCGUUUAGUUAAUCAUACUUUACCUAUUUCUUCAAAAGUCGCUUCAAAAUUCAAAAGCUAUGUCUCUAGUAGAAUAUUCAAUACUAGGCUCCAACAACAAUAUUGCUUUAAUAAGACUAAAUCGACCAAAAGCACUAAACGCCUUAAGUCAAGAUUUAUUGAAAGCCAUAGCCAGCAAAAUUACUGAAGCCGACCAAGAUACAAAUAUCAAUGUCAUAGUAAUUACUGGGAAUGGUACUGCUUUUAGCGCUGGUGCUGAUUUAAAAGAGGCUUCUCAACUUGAUCUUGAACAGGUCUUGGGUGAUGACCAGGCUUCGGUUAGGGCAAUAUAUUCGGCCAAGAAACCGGUUAUUGCCGCGGUAAAUGGCGUAGCGUAUGGUGGUGGAUGUGAAUUGGCAUUGAUGUGUGAUAUUAUUGUGGUAGGUUAAUAUAAAUUUAAAAAUUACAGUAGGGUAGGGUAGGGUAGGGUAGGGUAGGGUAGGGUAGGGCCGAGUAAAAUAGGAUAAGAUAAGUACUCAGUACUAACUAAUAUGACCUUUUAGGCCAGUGAAUCAGCCCGCUUCGGCCAACCGGAAGUUCUCGUAGGCACAGUACCAGGUUGGGGUGGUACUCAACGCCUAACUCGAGCUGUAGGCAAAUCUUUAGCUAUGCAACUACUUCUCAGUGGUCAAUCAAUAUCAGCAUCUGAAGCCAAAGCCGUUGGAAUGAUAUCUUUUGUCGUGGAUAAAGAAAAAUUGUUGCCAGAAACCAUCAAAUUGGCCGAGAAGAUCGCCGAACAAUCGCCAAAAGUUGUCAGACUAAUUAAAGAAGCCACUAAUAAAGCGUUUGAGCUGUCAUUAGAAGAAGGACUGAGCUUCGAAAGACGUAUGAAUCAGGCUGGCAUGGGUUUGGUAAGUGUUUAAGUUGAAAUUUUAUGUUGUUAUAGGUUUUUGUACCAAAAAGUGAAAAGUCGUUUUAAACAGUAGAAACUCAAAAUCAAAAAUAUUGAGUUUAUACGUUUAAUAGGUUUAAAUAAGCACCAAAAAGCCUAGCUUUAAACGUUUUUGAAAAAAACGCCAUUUUAAAACUUUUAUGAAAUUUUAAAGUUUUCAGGCUUAAAAUUUAAAAAUUAGCGUAAUGCCAAAAGUAAAUGUAGCAAAAACAUCAAAAUUUGUAAACUGCCAUUUUAAGGCAUUAUAUAGAUGUUUAUAAUUAAUCAAGUUUUGAUCAAAUUACUGUAACAUACUGUAACUGCUUUCAGAAAGACCGUGUAGAAGGCAUGAUGGCAUUCGUCGAAAAGCGAAUGCCCAAAUGGACAAAAGCUAAAAUGUAAUUUGACAAUUUUGUUAAUAGCUCUUGAUCUACAUUUGGCAGUUUUCAUGCAUUAUAAUCAAUUUUCUAUUGUAUGUAAUUAUAAAGUUUUUUGUUUGUUUUGACGAAAUAUUACAAAUUAUUGAUUGUGACGAAGUGUCAAAAGAAUUAAAAAAUGUAAUUAUUUGUUAAAGAAUCAAUAAAAGAAUAAAAGCUCUUCAAAUAGAGUAUUUAAAGCAAUUUUUUAAAAUUUUUAUUUAUUUUUUAGACGGAAUGUCACAAAGUAUUGA